GGUGAGUUAUGUCCCUUCCAUCGUGGCAACUGAUAAACAACAUUUUUGAGAUGAGAGAACUGAAAGAAUGUGCAUGCAGAUAUUGACUUUUCUUGUCAUGCAUUAGGCAACACUAUCAGAGUCAGGUAUUCUACGAAACAUCAGAACAUCAUGGAAAAAAUAAAACAUUUCAAGCCAAAUUUCGGUGUCCUAGGCAAUGUUGCCAACAAGAAGAUGAAAAAUAGGAGAAAUAGUAAAGUCACACACCAAUACGAUGAUUUGCCAGAUUAUCGAUUGUUUGAUGAGGCUAUGAAGGAGGUAAGAAUGAUGCCAGGCUAUCAGCCAGAGAAACAGCGGAUUGACAUGAUGCUGAUCCACGAGCGAGACGAAAUUAGUGACGAAGCCUCAAGAAAGAUCCGUAAAUGUUUUGAGGACAAGCUCCGGUGGAGAUAUAACUAUGUUAUUAAAAAAGAAACAGUCGGAGAUCUAGACUACAAGCUCCUUCACUGUCCAUUCAGGAGUCUGUGUGAAAUUGCUCAGUUUGUUAAUCUGGAAAUGCCACUAAAUGAGCCGCCUGAUGACAAAGAUGAGGAAGUCAGAGGCUGCUGUUCAUGGCUGAAGGAUUUUAUCACAAAACAUUUCUUUGAUGAUGAGACAGAGGACGACUACACUGGCUUGUUUGACAUGGACCGGGUCACAAUGUAUAAAAACUACAACAACCCCACAAAGUUCUUCCGCCCUGCCACACGCUCAUUCUUGGUUCACAAAAUGUUUAUCAACAUGGACAUUACAAAGGACCUAAAAGACUACAAUGUGUUCGAUUCCUUGGAUGACGAUGAUUACUGCUGUUCUUUUGGCCGGACCAAAACCCUGAAAGAGUUAAAAGACACAGAAAAUGAUGAUCAAGACCUCCAGAAAAUCAAUCUUCCAUUUUUGAUCAUGAAGAAUGUCUACAAGGAUUCUGUUGUGUUACAUGAGGCAUCAGAAGUCGGGAAGAACAAUGACGAAGAUUCGGCUGAUGAAGACGAGGACCAGAAAGAGACGGAAAGAUUAGCUGAUGACCCUCGGGCUCUUUUGAAUAGAUCCUGGACCAAACUGUUCAAGUUCCAACCACUGUGGAGGAUCAGAAAUUAUUUUGGAGAGAAGAUCGCCCUCUACUUUGCCUGGUCUGGACACCUAAUUACCUCCCUUUGGCUUCCGAUGUUAUUUGGGCUGGCCAUCUUUAUAUAUGGACUUUUCAAAAGCAUCAACAAAAGAAUUCAAUAUGAUACCUCCAAUCCAGGCGGGAACACGAAUAUGACUGGUUUACUUGACACAAUCAAACAAUCUUUUGACAAUGAUGUAACUCCAUAUUUUGCCAUGGUCAUUUGUAUCUGGGGGACCAUAUUUUUGGAAUUUUGGAAAAGGAAGGAGAAGAGUUGGGCAUUUUUGUGGGACGUUACUGACUAUGAAGUUAACGAGCCUGACCGACCAGAAUUCUAUGGAACUACAACAGAAAAGAACCCUGUGGAUGGUUUUCAAAUCCUGAAGUAUCCAAUCAAAUACCAGGUUUUGAAAUUUCUCACCUCAGGAAUCACUCUCUUGUUUAUGGUAUUGGUUGUCAUGGCAAGUGUGAUGGGUGUCAUCAUUUAUCGUGUACUGGUCACCGUGGACUACUGCGGGAGUGUUAGUCAAGAGGUCUGUCUGCUAACCACCACAGUCGUGUCCUCCUUACUCAACGCACUUUCUAUAUUUGUACUGGGCAAGUUUUAUGACUUUUUGGCUGUUAAAUUAACCGACUGGGAAAACCAUCGGACCCAGACAAAAUAUGACGACUCCUUAAUUAUGAAGCUGUUUGCCUUCCAGUUUGUGAAUAACUAUUCCUCCUGUUUUUACAUCGCGUUCUUCCGAGGGCGUUUUGAUGAGAACGGCAUUAUAGGACAUGGAUCGGAAUACCGAGACCAGUGUGAGGGAACCUGUAUGUCUCAGCUGUCCUUCCAAAUCCUCACCUUAAUGAUCACAAAACCACUCCCCAAGUUGUGUACUGAUGCCAUUAUUCCUUCUUUUAAGAAAUUAUGGAGAAGGAGGCCAUCUUGGUGUUGUCGAUGUUUUGGAGAGGAAAAACCUAAGAGGAAAAGGGAGGAAACCUUCCUAGAGAAACAUGUCAAAAAGGAGAACCUAGGAGACUUCACUCUGGGAGAGUAUAUGGAGAAAAUCAUCAUCUUUGGCUUCCUUAUGUUAUUUGCUGCCUCUUUCCCACUGGCUCCUUUACUAGCUCUCAUCACCACAGCGUUAGACAUCAGGAUUGAUGCUUGGAGAUUGCUCUGGAUUUACAAACGACCUGUAGCCCACAUGGCCCAAGACAUAGGCACGUGGUACACCAUUCUGAGCUUUAUGAAUUUCUGUGGCGUGGUUUCUAAUGGUUUCCUCGUGGCCUUCACCUCCAGCUGGGGGAACUCAUUCUCCACAACAGGACAACUCUGGAUUGUGAUUGGGUUUGAGCACAUUGCCUUGAUCAUUAUGUUCAUAUUUGCCUACAUUGUACCAGACACUCCAGCAGACGUUGAAUUAAAGAAGCGAAAGAAAACACAUAUGCAGAGUAGAGAUGUAAAUAUACAAAAUAAAAAAUAUAAGAUGGGAGAGGCUAUUGACAGAUUACAAAGGUCAUUGGAAGAAGAAAAUCAUAGAAAUGGGUUUUACUUAGAGCAGGACUUGGGAGAGGUACCUCGACAGGAACCUCACAGGCGUGUCAUAUACAGGUCCCCACCAUCUGCCACCACGGCAACAGAUAUUAUUCUGGAGAGACCACAGGAGGUGAUGUAUUACGAGUACCAAGAUAGAGGGCACGACAACACGGCGUACGACCAGGAUUACGGGCAACAGGAAUACAUAGUGACCUCCCCUGUUAAAAGGCUGAAGAAGAGAAAGAAGAAAAGGACCAGAAAGAAUUCAGUGGAGGACAUGUCAGGACAACAAGAUCCUGAAGGCUACACUGAAAACAUACCAGUUGGAACCUCAGCGAGAGUGGUCAUUAGAGACAGAUCCGACAUAGAUGUUUAAAAGGAGUUAAUGUGGUAUUGAAGACUUAACAAGGCACUUUCCCCUCGGUGAAGCCAGAGCAGGUUUUACGAUUAAACACUUAUACGCAUCAGGGUUAGUGGAGCGCAGCUUUAUACGGCAAAUCUUCCAAGUGAUUUACAAAUUAAAACAGCAUUUAUAAAUGUGACCAUUCUGAACAUAUAGUUUAUUGUUGAAAAACAUUCCUCCGAUUUUGAUAAUUAUUUAUUUGACGAUUUUUUUUAUAAAUCUGUUGUGAUCCGUCCAGUGUUUUUUUGAAUUGUUGCACACUGUGCGCUACGUUGUGGUGUGGUUUAUCUGUGUUGUGAUUGAGACACACAGCAGUAACAAAACUUGCGCUGUGGUAAUAGAUAAUUUUGUGAUCUUCCCCUACAGAAUUUUUAAUGUAUUGUACAGUAAAACACAUUUACAGUAAACAUGCUUAUAAUGAAUUCACAUUUACAGUGAAGUGAAUUUCAUUCCCAGUAGUUUUAAAACUAAUUUUGAACUCAUUGGCUAUAACAAAUUAUAAUUAAUAAUAAAUCAGUUGAUAAUUAAUAUUUAUAAUGAAUCAAAUUUUUUUUAUCCGUAGCACUUUGCUAUAAGCAUUUUGUACUGUUCAGUAGUAAUAAAUCUGAACAUGUUUCUAGUUUACAAUUUUAGAUUUGAUAUUUUAACAAUUCAUUUACCAACUACAGUCAGGUUGAAUUACAAUGAAUGAUUAGAUUAACAAUGGAGUAGUGUGUAUGAUUUUUCUCUAUAUAUUUUGUGUAUAUAAUUGAAUGUUUUAUACUUCAUUUUAGAACCUUUUAUUCUGUCUCACAAGGAAACACAUCUUACAUGUGAUAGAAGUUUGAAAUAUGUAAUUGUUAUGUGUAGAUUUGUUUGUACAUUAUAUAUCUUGUAUUGUCUCCUAAAUAGUUCAUUGGUGCUUAUUUAAUUUUCAUCAUUAAUAAUCAAGAGCUCCAAACCUCCAGAUAAUUUUUAUAGAGUAGUUUGUCUUAAAUUGCUACUCAAAACAUGUGGCCUUACAUCUGUGUACAAUGUACAUUUCAGACCUGGACUGAAAAAGUACCUAUAUAUACAAUUUAUAUAAAUUCCAAGGCUUGAAUUUUGAACAAAUAUCCCGACGCAAGUCCUCAAUCUUGAUAAUUGAACUUUUUAUUUAAAAUCAUAUUUUAUGUAUAUUACAAUGGGUGACUUUUUCAUGUGAAUAUUUUUAUGUACUAAUUGUAUGUUAAAUAUUUGUUAAAAAUAUUACAGGAAUUAUACAAUGGUUGUAUCUGUAAAUUGAUUGUUUUUUCAAAUCAAUCAGUGGAACUCUUUUCAGUUUCAUAAUUAUGUUUAGAUGAAACUUGAUCCAAUUUUCUGAAGGAGUUGGUACAACAUUUAUACACAUUGAAUAUUAACACUAACCUGUUUUGUAAUUUAUCAACAACUGUAGAUUCCUAUAUAUACACAUGGAAUUUUCACGUAAUUUAACGAGAUAUAUACGAAUUAUAAUUACUCACUCUUAUUUUCAUUGCUGAUAUGCAUGCCAAGACUAUUGAUUAACAAUUCUCUCACGAAAUCAUUUUCUCGCGAUUUGACGUAUACGAGUCAUUUAGCGAUAUUAAGUACUCAUGUGAAAUAAAGAAUCUACAGUUACUAAUACUUCAGAGAAAUCCAUAGAAAAUACUCAGCUUCUGGAGUGAGGGCCUUAGCAUAGAACACCUUUAGUGUACAAACUAGUCAGAUUUAUGAACACCCCCACUGUUACCCUGUUAGCUUUUCCCUAUAUGAAACACUCCUCCAUAGCAGUAAAUAAUAGUAGUUUGAUGCACUAACAAGAUUUGAUGGUACACUCAAUUUUCUGUUUGUUUCACAGUUAUUAUGUUACUGCAGAUUUUCCAUGGCAGAUUAUAGUUAUAUAGAUUUGUUUUACGUUUAGAUCUAUGUUAAUAAAUUACACUAAUACAUGCAAUGAAAAUUACAUGAAAUGGUGCAUUUUUUUUUUUUUUUUUUUUACCUUUAAUGAUAUUGUAAUCCUUAUAAUAAAAGGUUGUCUGUUUUUCUACAA